UAUAUACUCUUUGCGGUUUGCGCACGUCUGACAUUCUGACAUCUUUUGACGUCAAAGAAAAAAAGAUUUUUGAAUUUGUGCAUUGGAGCAUAAAAAUAAAAAAAAACAUUUUGUUUCGAAACUCAUUAAUGCGAAUAAAGUGCCGAAUAUAGGACAGUAAACUGUGUAAACACGCCGACCGUACGUUUAUGUUGUUUUGAUGUGAAAAUCAUAGUGUAAAGUUUAAUAAAAAAAUUGACGAUUAAAUUAAUAGAGAAGGACUCACUCCAUAGUCCGUAAUUGUUUGUGAUUGUGUGUGUCUCCUACGCCGCACAAGUUUCCUGUGCCAAUUCUUAUUUGAAUUUCGAAUCGGGACUGAGCUGACCUUAUAAAAGUUACCCAAUGGAUUUAGUAAUGUACACCGGAAUAACGUUAUACUGGUGUAAAAAACUCAUUUGAUGUGCGAUUUUUCACCGAUCAUUGGCUGUGAAAAUCCCGGUGACGUUUUACCCAUUCCUUUAACCCACAACCUUUACCACAUUCCAAAAAAAAAAAAAACUGUUACACUGCCAAUAUUACAACUAUCAUGUUCGAUCCAUCUUUUGUAUGUUCUAAAAAUAUUCGCUAGUUAAUUUAUUUUAAAUCAAAAUUCCUCUAUGCCAUCCAGAGAUCAGAUCCGAGAAAUCUGUAAAUUAAUUGUGUAAAUUUUGUAAAUAUAUAAAUAAAAAAAAAAAAACUAAUUAGAUUAAUACUUUUCCUGUAAAAUAAAACCCAGUGUCUUAUAAGUGAUAAUAAAUAAAUAUAAUUCUGUAAAUACAGCUUUGUAGUCAGAUAUAGAAAUAUAAGAAAAUAUAUAAAAUAUAUUUCCUAUUUUGAAUGAUUAUUAAUUUUUUUGCACCCAAUUAGAAUUUAUUGAAAUACAAUUAAUUAAUUAUUAUACACCUUAAAUAAUGUUUUCUACUAAAAUCAACUGAGCACCAUUUUCAUCAAUAAUAAUUACUAAAUUUUUGAAUUUAUAAUACAUACAAGAAUAAAUAUUUUUUAAAAUACAACAAUUAUUAUAAAUAUUAUUGAAGAUAAAAUAAUUUUAUAUCAACGCUUGUAAUGUACUGUAUUUGUACUAUUUUGCCAAAUAUUUAUUAUUAUUAAUAAUAAUAAUAAUUAAUUAAAAUUGCAAAUUCACUUCCUACUGUUAUAAAUUAUUGAUAGUAAAUAAAUAUUUACACAAUUAUUUUAUGUAAAUUUUAUUUGAAUAUAUAAUAAUUUUUAAUGUACUUGACUGGUAGUAAAAUUGCAACAUAAAAACACAACAACUUAUCUUGUUGUUCGGUUAUUGUAUCACAAUAACUUACAUAUUGAAAUACCAAUUUACAAUAACUUGUAUUGUGAUCGGUAAUAAGGUUAUUGUAUCACAAAUACCAACAUUUUAAAUUUUAAACCACAUCAACUUUAUGUAUUUUUGAUGUAAACAAGGUUAUUGUUUCACUAUAAUCGACACAGUUUAAACACUACCUUAGUGUGUGAAUAUAUUUAAUGACAACUAUCAACAUUUCGAAUACUAAAACACAACAACUUUUUGUAUUUUUGACGUAAACAAGGUUAUUGUAUCACUUUAAUCGGCACAGUUUAAACACGAUAACUACAAUAACUUUGUAUUGUAACAUUAACAAGGUUAUUGUACCACGGUUUUUACACAACAACAAUUGUUGUAUCACUAUGUAUUGUUGUUGUAACACAGUUGUUGUUUGAGCGAUGGUGUGACACAAGUACCAGUAUGAGUUCCUCCCCAGCUAUUGAGGCCUCCACCCCUACCGCCACCCCCUCCUCCCCCGCGCUGCGAGCACCGGAGUAUCACUUCCACACAUCUACCCCCAAUUAUUUGAAGAAGCAACAUCAGCCUCUGAGCGUGGUCCUGUCUGGUACAGCGCCCUCUACACCGCCGAUAUACGGAGAGCCGACCCUAACACCUCCGCCGCGGUCCCCCGGGGCUCCGCUAGCGACCCCGGCCUCCGGGGACGUGCGAGUCCAUCCCCCGGACGGUACUUCAUCCGAUAAGUCGUCUGAAACCGCGGUGGGUGGCAUACCACGCACGCCGAGCGCGGCCUUGUCGCGCAAGGAGAGCUACAAGGCACAGAGACAGCACUACCGCAAGGAGAAGAAGCGAGCCGCCUCCGCGCUACUGCACUCCAUCGAGGACCCCUCCGUAGUGGUGCUCGCUGACUGGCUCAAGGUCCGUGGAUCACUCAAGUCGUGGACGAAGCUAUGGUGCGUGCUGAAGCCUGGGCUGCUGCUUCUGUAUAAGAGCCCUAAAGCCAAAAGAAGCCACUGGGUGGGCACGGUGCUUCUCACCUCGUGCCAGGUCAUAGAGCGGCCGAGCAAGAAAGACGGCUUCUGUUUCAAGUUGUACCACCCGCUGGAGCAGAGCAUCUGGGCGCCGCGAGGGCCGCACAACGAGACCAUAGGGGCAGUAGUGCAACCCUUACCGACUGCGCACUUGAUAUUCCGCGCACCAUCACAGACCGCGGGUCACUGCUGGCUCGACGGGUUAGAACUAGCUCUACGAUGCAGCAAUGCUAUGCUCAGAUGCUCCCGCUCGCGGCCCGAGCAGGCGGUGGAGGACGCGCCGGCGACGCAGACCAACAUCUCGCACGAGGAGUUGGAGAAACACUUCAAUGAGCACGCAGUUUUAAAGGCACCCUACUAUUCCACAUGUAGCUCUCCAUCCCCCCUUCUGUCCACCCACCAUUACUCUCCCAAAAACAGGCACGCCUACUUCGAUGCGAAGUUGGACGUUUUCAAAAACGGCAAAUCCAGAAGUGCCGCUUCUAGCCCUUUCAAAAUCGAUCUAGCCAAAUGCUUCGAACUCAAAAAGCUUGCUUUAGGCGAGAAGUUCCAAGAAUGGUCAUCUCCGAGUCUGAUUGAGGAGAAUUUGGCCAAAAUUUUUCCAAAAAGGCGAAGUUCCACGCCAUCCGCUGCGAAACCUAGUUGUUCUCCGAAAAGGAUUUCGGAAUUUCGAAAAUCUGUCAAAACGGACUCUGAGAACGAUGUUCCACAUGAGUUGAGUCGAAAUGGUCGGGAAUCCGAGGUGCUUUUUAGUUCUCCGGAGAAUUUUUUGAUAACUAAAACAGCGCCGUCUGUUGAGCAGUUUGGGAGUAUGCCUGUUGAUAUGACGUCUUCUAGCGAUGACAUACAGAAUUGUAGGAGCACGCCGUACCACAAAAAGUUCUCUCUGAUAAACUAUGACAGACUGCCGUCGGCUAGCUUUGACGCUGACCAAACAUUGAGGAGGGACAACCGGUAUAGCGCGCAGGAUGUGUAUAUAGCUGGGAAGAUACUUAGCGGUGAGUUAGCGGGCGCGGCGUCAGACACGGACAGCGAGGGCUCCAGGCCAGGCAUGCAGGAGCUGCAGGUGCAGGACCCGGGCGCCAGGAAGCGGGAGAUACUCUCCAGGAUACACAGCUGCUAUGCUGAGGACCCGGAUACGGAGACUGGCGCGGCCGGCGAGCUGGUGGAAGAAGUGGCCGAGGAGAACAAGUCGCUGCUCUGGUUCCUGCUGAAGCAGGUCCGACCUGGCAUGGACCUGUCCAAGGUGGUCCUGCCGACCUUCAUCCUGGAGCCGCGGUCGUUCCUCGACAAACUCUCCGACAACUAUUACCAUGCUGAUCUACUUACACGAGCGCAGUCCUCAGAGGAUCCCUACCAAAGGUUCAAAGGAGUCCUCAAAUGGUACCUCUCUGGGUUGUACCGCAAACCCAAGGGACUGAAGAAACCCUACAACCCAGUGCUGGGCGAGACGUUCCGCUGUUGCUGGCAACAUGCUGACAACGAGACGUAUACGUAUUAUAUUGCUGAGCAGGUGUCCCACCACCCCCCCGUUUCGGCUUUCUACAUUUCGAACAGAAAAGAUGGUUUCGUUAUCGAGGGCAGUCUUUUGGCGAAAUCGAAGUUUUAUGGGAACUCGACGUCGGCCAUCUUGGAAGGGUGCGCGCGCAUCCACCUGCUGAACUGGCGCGAGACGUACGUCACCACCGCGCCCUACGCGCACUGCAGGGGCAUCGUCAUGGGCACGCUCAGCAUGGAGCUGGGGGGCAAGAUACACGUGAUAUGUCAAGAGACGGGCUACCAGGCGGAUGUGGAAUUCAAAUUGAGGCCUUUCCUCGGCGGGUCGGAUCAAACCAACGCUAUUUCUGGCAGAAUCAAAAAAGGGAAGGAAACUGUUGCCUCCAUAGAGGGGUACUGGGACGGCAAGAUCGAUAUCAAAGACAAAAAGACGGGGGAGUCCAACCUCCUGGAUGUGGCGCUGCUGAAGGAGCAGCGUUUACCCCGGUUCCUGAUGAGGCUGGACAAGCAGCAGGAGUGGGAGUCGCAGAGGCUCUGGAUCAAGGUCUCGGAGGCCAUCCAUAAUGAGGACCAGAUAGUGGCAACAGAACAGAAGACGAUAAUAGAAGAAGCCCAGCGUGCUAGAGCGCGCAACUUGGUGACGCCCUGGACUCCAAGGCUCUUCCACCGGGACUCCGGCAGCCCGCUGCCUGAAGGUAUCACCGAUCAAGGCUGGAAGUACAACCAUUGCAACACAAAUCCGUGGCAAGCGGAGGAGGUGAUAGAGUACGAGGACGACUUCGUGGUGACGUCAGCGCGCAGUGCGCCGGCGCGCGCGACGGGGGAGCGCAUCAGGGAGCUGGCGCAGAGGAGCGACUCCGACAGCCACGACGACUUGGCGAGGCGCUCCAAGACUUCCACGCGAACUCUAAAGCAGACCCUGUUCGCAAUAGACGCGUCGCUCCGCGAACAGACGUUGGCCUUGGAGCGUUUGACGAGAACCGUUGACAGCAUGAGCGAAGGUCAAAGAGCCGCGGCCUUCAGACCCCAGAACGUGGGCAGGAUGCCCACAUCGUCCCACUCGUGGGAUCUCUUCGGCGGGUUCGUGCUAGCGAUGGUGUUGCAAGCGUUACUGAAUUGGAUAUUCUACCACAAAGACUGAGUGUUGCCAGUUUUGUAAAAUUUGAUAACUAUGUAAAUUAAUUAAUGUAUGAUACGUGCAAACUGUUUAAAUGAGUCCUCAUCUGGUGACAGGGGUGCGGUGUGUCCACACAGGACAGUUAGAGGGGAGUUAGAGGGGGGGGGCAGUAAUACGCGUCGUAGACAGAGAAGUUAAUAGACAACUAAUUGGCGGCUCGUUGUAAAUCAUAAGAUAUAAGAUACAAAUAAAAAAAGAUACGUUUUAAUAAGGGAGCCGAAGAGGGGAUUUUUGCAGUUACUCGAGCGCGGCAGAUGAACAUAAGGGACUAUACCUUGCACGUUGUUGAGUACCUCCACCUAGUAUGAGCCCUUAAUAUUGGUGGGUACGUUUAGGACAACCAAAAAGAAAACAAACUUUAGAAAUUCUCAACCAGCACGUCAGAUUAAUAUAAGGUUACCAUCAGGUGAGAUUGUAGUCAAGGGCUAACUCGUAAAGAAUUAAAAAAAAACCGCUUGCUUGUAUCAUCGUUUAAGAUCAGAUGAGAUUACAGUAACUUGUCGCUAAAUAAAUAUCUUCACUUCUUUUACAUCAAUAUAUUUUAAAUUAACUGAAAGUCACGAUUUACAAAAAGUUGAGGCUUAUGUGGUUUAUAUACGUUUAUUAUUUCUUGGACCAUUGAUGUGCCUGAACAAACGGAUCGCGUCAUAGUAUAUUCUUGUUUGGAUCAUCAUUGUGCAUGACAUACGACCAAAAUAUUGAAUCGCCAUAUCGUUUUACAGAAUACACAAUUACAGUUGUUUUUUUUUGACGUAAUGCAAUAGGCGCAAUACAAUGAUUUCUAUUUGUCUAUAUGCUUCGCUGUCUACGAUGCGUUGUCAAUGUGUGAAUGGAUAAUUUGCCUGUCGCUCCCCUCUGACGUCAUAAGUCUCCUCUGACGUCACAGGUUCCCUCUGACGUCACAGGACCCCUUUCCUCUGUAGUGCAGGACUCAUUUACGCGGUUUGUCUCUAUAUUAUGAUACUUUGUACAUCGACCAAAACUUAGUUUAUGUCGCGGUUUUUUUUGUCUGUCUGUCUGUCUGUAUAUGUUUUUUUAAUUAACUAAAGCUAUAAGAGGCGUUUAAUAAAAUUUACCUGGAUAAAAGUUAUAUAAAUAACUAUCCAGUAGUGGCGAAGGAUGAAAUUUAGGUGAAAGUAAGCCGUCCCAAAGAAAAAAUUAAUUCAUAUUAUACUGUGGUACAAACUCCAGUUUCUCAUAUCUAGAUACAGUACAGCAAUUAUUAUGCAUGGAUUUCUAAAGGUAACCCUAUGGGAAUCAGCUUGUAUGAUCUCUUCGUCGCUGCUAUCCAGGGUAUAAUUUAUCUACAUUUUAUGCAAAUCGGUUCAGUAAUUGCGGCGUAAAGGAGUAACAAACAUACACACGAAUUUUCGUCUUUAUUAUAUUGUUUUUUUUAUUAUUAUUUACGUGACAUUCAACAACAUAAUCUUUUAGAGAAUCAUCAUAUCAUCAUCAUAUCAGCCGAUAGACGUCCACUGCAGGACAUAGGCCUUUUGUAGGGACUUCCAAACAUCACGAUACUGAGCCGCCUGCAUCCAGCGAAUCCCUGCGACUCGCUUGAUGUCGUCAGUCCACCUGGUGGGGGGUCGGCCAACACUGCGCUUACUAGUGCGGGGUCGCCAUUCCAGCACUUUGGGACCCCAACGUCCAUCGGCUCUUCGAACUAUGUGCCCCGCCCAGUGCCACUUCAGCUUCGCAACUCGUUGAGCUAUGUCGGUGACUUUGGUUCUUCUGCGGAUCUCCUCAUUUCUGAUUCGAUCACGCAGAGAUACUCCUAACAUAGCUCGUUCCAUCGCCCGCUGUGUGACUCUGAGCCUUCUUAUGAGGCCCAUAGUUAGCGACCAAGUCUCGGAACCAUAGGUCAUCACUGGCAACACGCACUGUUCGAAGACUUUUGUCUUCAGGCACUGAGGAAUUUCGGACGAAAAGAUGUCGCGAAGUUUCCCGAAUGCAGCCCAGCCGAGUUGGAUUCGACGGUUCACCUCUUUCUCGAAAUUGGACCUACCUAACUGGAUCAUAUGUCCUAGGUAUAUGUAUUCGUCUACAAUUUCGAGUGCAGCGUUCUCAACUAUAACUGGGUGGAGCGAUACAUGAGCAUUACACAUUAUUUUUGUUUUGCCCAUGUUCAUUUUCAGGCCCACCUGUUGAGAAACGCUGCUGAGGUCAUUGAGCAUGGUACUAAGGUCAUCCAGAGUCUGUGCCAUGAUGACUACAUCAUCCGCGAACCGCAGUUGAGUGAUGUACUCGCCAUUGAUGUUGAUGCCAAGUCCGCCCCAGUCCAGAAGCUUAAAGACGUCUUCCAAUGCGGCGGUAAAUAGCUUCGGAGAGAUCACAUCUCCCUGACGCACUCCUCGCUGCAACUGGAUUGGCCUCGUAGUCUGAUCCUGAAUACGGACUGACAUAGUGGCGUUUUCGUACAAGCACUUCAACGCUUGGAUAUACCUGUAAUCAAUUCGGCAUCUCUGCAAUGACCUUAGCACAGCCCAGGUUUCCACCGAAUCGAAGGCUUUCUCAUAGUCCACAAACGCUAAGCAAAGUGGCUGGUUAUACUCGUGAGUCUUCUGUAUAACCUGCCGCAGCGUAUGGAUGUGGUCUAUGGUGCUAAAGCCUUUUCGGAAACCGGCUUGUUCGGGAGGCUGGAAGUCGUCAAACCUAUUAGCGAGACGAUUCGUGAUGACUCUCGAGAACAAUUUGUAAACAUGGCUUAGCAGCGAGAUGGGUCUGUAAUUCUUCAGCAAGGUGUUGUCACCUUUUUUGAAGAACAGAACCACCACGCUCCUAUGCCACGCCUCAGGCGUCGUGCCCUCGUGAAUGACGGAAUUGAACAAUCGCUGAAGGACUUUAAGUAUCGGUUUUCCACCCGCUUUCAGGAGUUCUGCUGUGAUUCCGUCCUCACCUGGCGCCUUAUUGUUCUUCAGUUGUUUGAGAGCCACACUAAUCUCGUAUAGGCUGACGUCCGGGAUAUCUUCGGUAUAGUGUCGGGUCAACUUGGCUCUGGGGUCUUUAGCCAAGUUGUCAACAGGCUGCUGAGUAGUCAUGUAUAGCUGUCCAUAGAACUUCUCGACCUCACUUAAUAACUCGGGCUUGGAAGAAAUAAGAUUACCGUGCUCGGUCUUCAAACGCGUCAGCUGCCUCUGUCCAAUAGACAGAUCUCUGGCGAAAACUUUCGAGCCGCGAUUGUUUUCAAUCGCAUUUUUAAUACGCUCGGUAUUGAAGUUUCGCAAGUCGCUGGUUUGCGACUUAGAGAUCUGUCUACUGAUUUGUCGGUAUUUUGACGCAUCUGCUGAAGACUGCAAUCUCAUUUCUUGCCUCUCUUCCAUGAGUUUAAGUGUAUGGUCUGAGAACUUUUUGGUUCUUUUCGUACGGUGGGUCUUAUAGAACUUAGACCCAACGGAAUGGACAGUUUCCACGAACCUGUUGUUCAGAUCGUCCACAGUUUCGCAAUUUGCUAGGCAAUCAAAGCGGUUCUGCAGUUCUAGUUGAAAGGACUCGGGGUUUUGGAUAUGGGCACGAGUAGGUCGGAGCGUAGACUUCACCAGUCGAUACCGUUCCAGCUGAAUGUUGAUAUUCAACGUGCCUCUAACCAUUCGGUGAUCGCUGCCGGUUUUCACCCUAUGGAUCACAGAAACAUCGUUGAAUAUUUGCCGUUUGGUAGACAAGAUGAAGUCAAUCUCAUUUUUCGUGGAACCAUCGGGGCUCAUCCAGGUCCAUUUCCUGUGUGGUGGCUUCUUGAAGAAGGAGUUCAUCAUAAAGAGGCCCUCCUUCUCCAUGAAGUCAGCCAACAUUUGGCCCCUAUCGUUCCGUUGCCCAUACCCAAAUCGUCCCACUUUCAACUCUGAACCGCUACGUUCGCCCAGCUUUGCGUUAAAAUCCCCCAUCACAACAUUGUAAUAAGAGUUUGAGGCAUGUAUGGCUUUAGAAAUAUCCUCAUACAAUACCUCUACCUCCUCGUCGGGAUGUGUCGAGGUCGGUGCGUAAACCUGUAUAACCUUCAACGAAUACCGUUUGGUAAUUCGGAGGACCAGGAACGCUACCCUGCUCGACACACUCUCGACUUUUACAACAUUGUUCACGAGGGACUUGUGAACGAUAAAUCCGACACCACCUUGGGACUGUUGGUCGCCCUCCCGGUAGUAGAGCAUGUUGCCGGAUUCAAGGAUUAUCGAGCCCUCCCCCUCUCUUCGGACUUCAGACAAUCCUAUGACAUCCCAGUGCAACUUGCUCAUAACUUCUUCCAGCUCGAUGACCUUUUCGUCGGACCUCAAAGUGCGUGCGUUGUAUGUUGCCAGGUCUAGUCGUCGGGGUUGGCAGCGGAAUCUCUGCCGGAGAUUCUUAACACCCCUUGCCCCGCCGUUACCGUAACCGCUGCCAGAGCCAGGAAUAGCGGGGCUGCCGGGGACUAGGGGCUGUGUUAUAUUUGUUCGGUCCAUACAAAGUUUUGCCCGAUACUGACCACGCUGGGCAUGCGGGUUGGUCAGCGCAGUGCUAGAUUAUUCGCGCCGAUGUCGCUGCUGCCCGACACCGGCCUGAGGCAUUUCCUAAUCUAGCCUGUGGGAAUGGAUAUACCGCCAUUCGUCGGUCGCCAGAGCCUCGUCGGUCCAUCUGCAGGGUGCACCACGAGCAGGUGAGGUUGACAAUUGGGGAGACAGACUGGUACUAGCCUCCCCCUUACACCCCAAGUUUAGAGAAAGUUUAGAGAAUGUACUAUAAUUAUUUAUUUUUAUUUAAUUAUACUAUAAAAGUAUUUAAUAAGAAUAAUUUUCAAAUUGUUUGAGUUACUACACCUGAUGGUAAUGAAAAAACCUACCUUUUUGGUAGAAUCGUACCUAAAAUAUACCUUUAGGGUAGUAAAUAUUAAGUAAAUUCGGUGGAAUUUUUUUUCUCCUAAUUUCUCUUAAUUUAUUUUCUCGUUAAUAUAGAAUAAUUAUAUACGUAAUAUAAUAAAAGGACACACAAUCAUGUAGAAAAUUUCACUUAAAAACUGGCCUUUGACAGUUUUAGAAUUAUUGGUAAAGAAAAUUAUACCUAAAGGCCUUUAAAUAUAGUCCAAUAUUCAAUAAAAUACCAAAUUCAGAGCAAAUUCAACCUUAAUUAUAGAGUUUAUGGUUGAAUUUGCAAAUGCGACUACUUGAAUUGAGUGCCAAGAAGUUCUGUUUGGCACUCAUUGAGUGGGGAGACGUUUUUUGGUCGCUGAUUGUGUCCACUUUUUAAUAGGAGAUCGAUGACGUAAUACUAUUUUAAUAGUCACAUAUAGAAUUAGCAAAAUAUUUUUGAUUUCUAUCAAUAUAUAAUUUAGUUGAAAUUUCUACCAAAAUUUAGUAUUAAUAGUUUUUUUUUCUGUUAUUACAGACAGACAAUGAAACCGCUUUUUUUUAAACUUGCCUAUGCUUUCCACGUAUGAUAUAAAAUGUCUAUAUUUUUUUUUAGCUGUUAGUUGAAUUUGCUUUGAGAAAAUGUUGACAUAAUUUUUUUUUUUUUUUUAUUUUAUUCUAUAUCUAUAGGAAUAUAAUAUUUCGUAGUCAUUUAUUAUGAAACAUGGUUAAAACUUACGUGGUACAACGUAGAAGUUUCGUACCCAUACGGGGCCCUUAAUCAUGAGCUGAUUCUAGUCGUGUUACAUAAUAAAUUAAAAUAAAUAUGAAUAUGAAUACUGCUUACUAAAAUUUACUAAAUACUUACCUAAAAUGAGGAUGUCUGGCAAUCGCAGGCCUUUGGUCUAGUGUUAAAUUUUGAAUAUUAUUAUUAUUAAACAUGACGUCAUAACAUAAAAUUACCCGAUGACGUCAUUACUGGAAACGACUACAUUACAUAUAAAAUUACCGUAUGACGUCAUUACUAGAAACGACUACAUUACAUAUAAAAUUACCGUAUGACGUCAUUACUAGAAACGACGUCAUUACAUAUAAAAUUACCGUAUGACGUCAUUACUAGAAACGACUACAUUACAUAUAAAAUUACCGUAUGACGUAAUUACUAGGUAUGACGUCAUAUGGUAAUAUUAUUUAAUUUCAAGAAAUUUUAGUGAACGAAGAAAUUCAAAAGUUUACAGUUGCUAGGUCAAUAUUUUCUCAAAGCGUUGUUAACUAUAAGUUAGCUUUUGAUGAGCUUAAAAAACAUUUUUUGUGUAUAGAAAUUAAGUAUUAUUAUUAUUAUUAGGGUGUGUUCAGAUAUACCGGCUCGUCAGGUAUGUCAGGGUUUGUCAGUGUAUUGGACAACUGUGUAAGCGAGCUUAGUAUGAAGUCGGUCAUAUAUUUAUUCUGUGUUGUAGGUAAUAUACAGGAUGCUCGGGAGUACUUCCCAUAACUCUAGGGUUAUUUUCUUUAGGUACGAGGUCAAUUGACCUCGUACCGCAGCAAAGGUAUGCUCGCAUUGCACGCUGGAAGAGAGGUUGAGUGGUGGGGAGUGAAUACUCGUCUUCUUGUAAGCAAACCGAACUAACGCUAUCUUGUUCCAAGUUUGUUGUAUGUCUAAUGAAGAUGACAUUAAUGAACCGUCGAAGAGUGUAACGGAACCUUCACUCCCCAUCACUCAACCCCUCUCCGCGCGCGCAAUGCGAACAGCAGCGCGUCGCGCAGCCGCUUCGCAGUUUGGAUCGUGCCGCGAUGCAAGAACCAGCUCAUGACUAAGGACCCCGUAUGGGUUCGAAACUAGUCGGCCAUACUCCUACCUAAGAUCACGUGAGUUUUAGCCGUGUUUCAUAAUCAAUUAAUUUGAUAAGGAUUAAAUAAAUCCCUGACUGGGCAGUUGUCCGGCUAUCUGGUUCCCUGACCGGUGUAUGUGAACAUACCCUUAGGCUGUGCAUAGCAGAUAUGCGACCGUGCAUACUUGUCCAGUGCAUAUGCAGCCUUAUUGACGUAAAUAAAGACAUGCGUAUAGUUGUAACUACCUACUUCAUUUCGAUAUUUCCUUUGUAGGCCAGGAGAUGGUGGGUAUAUUUGAAGGGGUGUUUGAUCAAUGUUGAAAAUUUAUACAUUUAGUCAGCUGAUCACUAUUUUUUUUUUUUCAAAAAUUGCGCACCGUCUUUACAAAUGUUAUUUUUUUUUGGACACUGGAUUUUUAACGCAGCCUGCUAUUAAAAAUAACGUAUAUUGUCAUAUUUCUUUAUAUUUCAAUACAAAUGUGACAGAAAAUUCUGUUAUUUUUAUUGAAUAUUUAAUGUUUUGAUUAAUCUACCUCAAUGUUAUAUUAGUGGAAAAUAAAAAAACAAGUGAGUCUUCAAAAUUUUGCUAUUUUUGGCAACAUUUGGUAUUGGAAUAGAAAGAAUGAUUGUUAUAAUUAAAUUUUACACUUUGCGAAUUAAUCUGAAAAACAAAUUUGACACGUCCUUGUAUAUCUGACACUUGCUAAUGUACAUAUGCGCAUUGUAAAUUUUAUAGAAAAUUUAAAAUUAAUUGCAUAAAAAUUAUAUGUAUGUAAGGCGGGCUGCGUGAUUUUACCUUGAUCGCUGUGAGUCAUUUAAAAAUAUUUUGUCAUUUGAUUAGUAUUUUUUUAUUGAAUAAUUAAAAUUCAAUUCGAUGCAUUAUUGGCCAUAUUUGACUAAAUUACUUUCUAUUAAGUGAAAUUGUGGCCAUACUAUGCGAGUAUAUACAAAAAGUAUUUAGUCAAAUGUCAAAGUAAAUCUAUCAUUGUAUUUAUAGACUACUUAGCCUAGCUGCCUGGGUGUUACUGUUUUUUUAAUUUUUAUUUCAUUAAUUUAUGUGGAACUGUUUUUUUAUAGAAGACUAGCGAAAGCCCGCGACUUCGUCCGCGUGAAAAUCGAUGUAUUCAACUACCCCUGCCCUACCCCCUUUUUCUAAUUUUCGCGCAAUUUUUAAUUUUUUUCUGUCAGAAGAAUUUUUUCCUGUUUAAAACAAACACAUGAAAAAAUCCGUUCACGCGUGAUGGCGUGACUAAGGGAUAUAUGGAUUCAUUUUUAUAUACAGGAUGCUCAGGAGUAUUUACCAUAACUUCAAGGUGUCGAAGAGUUAACUUAAAGAACUAUAACUAAUAAAUAAAAACUUUUUAUGUUUUCAUACAACCUAAUUUAAAUAAUCCCAACUAUUCAUGUUCAACACACGCCUUUAUUUAUCUUUACAUUAAAAAAAAAGUAAAACUUUACGUCAUAAUUAUAAGGAUAUAAAUUGGCCUGUAAAUAGGCCAGCUUACAAACCUUCCGAUAAGUGUCGGAAGCUUAUUCAAUCAUUAUGUCUAUGUCAAAACUUUAAAAAAAAUACGGUAAAACUAUCAGACAUAUUGGAAGAUGGUGAUACCGGUGCUUGGGUAGCUUGGCUGAGUAUUCUAUAAAUUUUGGCGGCAAUUCUAAUGUCGAAAUUAGAAAUAAAGUGUUGCCAGCUUGAAGCCAUUUUUUUCUACCAUUCGAUGGAAACUCGGAGGUAUUAUUGUCGAAACUUUUUGGUAGUAUUCCGUCGAAGUCCUUACGUGGUGUUGCCAUUUUUUAAGUAUUAAUUAUUACUAUUAUACCUAUUUUCCUACAUAAUUGUAGAUAUUGUAAUUCAUUAUUAUUAUUGAUUAUAUUCGUAUAGGCCGAGAGAUGCUGGAAUGUUUGCUGAAGGUGCUUGAGUUUUUUUUUUAAUUAAAAAAUAUUCUAAGAUUGCUACGAAAUCAAGUACAUUAUAUUUACUUGUAUUAGCUACACACUAUUUCACAACACAAUUUAAAAAUAAAAAUAUGAUUAACAAAAUUAAUUUAUUAGUUAAAUACAAUUUUAGCUACCGUCCAUCGAACUAAAAUAAUAAUAAAAAUUAAGUUAAUAGAAGUGUAUUUUAUGGAAGUAAAAGUUGUAAAAUUGUCUGUACAAACACCCUCAGCAGCGCGUCCACUCGCUCUCGGUCUAUUUCUAUGAUGUGUUUAUCAUAUAAGAUAAGACCAUUAGAUUGUUGAUAUUUUUGUUGAUUUAUCCAGUGAAUAUAUAUUUUUUUCCAAUUUAU